GCGACUCCCUCGCGACGACAGAGAGCUCGCUCCAAGUUCCUCCAAGAUCUCGGCUGUUCGCUGUUGACUCUUCCCUUUCUUCCCUGUCCUCCUCUUUCUCCUCUUUCUCUUCUUCUCUCCUGCCGUUUUCCUCUUUUGCCGAUUGCCAACGCGAACGAGAUCGUCGUUCGCGGCGUUCGCGCGCGUGCGAACGCUUCCCUCCUCCCCUCGCCCCGGCACACCGUUUCCAUCGGAGCCGACCGCGUGUGUUUCUAAGACUUUGGAGAUUUAGGGGCUCAGCGGCACCCUGGAAGGAUCCAGGAUAGCGUUCCCGCCACCGUGACCACUCAAUCGGCGAUCGGACGCACGCGGGGGGGGCUUAACAUCAGAGUCGUGGCUGUCGAUCUAUCAAAUAUGUUACGUCUAGUGGUUCUCCUGCUUUUGUGUGUCGCUGCUACAUACACACCUGGUUACUGCGAGACAGAGGUAUCGCGAGAUGUCGAGCAGGCGAGACUACCAGAGUUCCUCACGGAAUUGGACCUGUCGAGUCUCAAAGCAUCCGAGGAAGACGUCGAGGCGCUGAAGAAAAUCGUGAAAAGGCUGGCACCCGAAAAGAACGGCGAGUACCAAGUUUAUCAAGUCUUCUUCGGUAACGAGGACCUCCUCAGAGAGUGGCUCAAAGGAGCGGGCGUGACGGGACAACCCGGGGUGGAUUAUCCAGCCCUCACGUCGAUUCCAGUCACUUCAUUCAGCUGUCGCGGUCUGAGAGGGGGAUAUUACGCGGAUUUAGAGACAAAUUGCCAAGUAUUCCACAUCUGUAAUAAUGGACGUAAGAUCUCGUUCCUGUGUCCCAAUGGCACCAUCUUUCAGCAGUCGCAGCUUAUAUGCGACUGGUGGUUCAAAGUGGACUGCAGCAGGUCCACGGAAUUGUACGAGCAGAGCGCCGAGCAAUUGGCCGAGGAAGAAAAGAAACGAGCGGAUGCGAGGAAAAUGAAGUCCGAGUUUCAUCGCACGGCCGAGCAGGAGGAUAACGCGGAUUACUACGAAACUCAGAACGCCGACUAUGACGGAAGACAGAACGGCAGAACGAAUCCGUAUGGUCAAUCCGCCAGCAGACAGAAUCAGAUUCCGGAAAGGCAGAACGAACCAAAGUCCAACCAAAACUUUGGACCGAAUAACGUUUUCAACGACGCUCGCGAUUCUGCUCGCUAUUUCCAGGAUAAUAACGCGAACGCGUUGCGAACUAACGAGAAAACGAGCCAGCCCGAAAACUACGAGCAGCCGCCGAAACAGCGACAAUAUUACGACGGCGGAUCGAAUUAUCAGACGACCAGGCAAAGGAAUCAGCUGGAUACGCAGAGCGGCAAGUUCAACUAUGAGCAUAGAAAUAAGUUCCAGGAUAGCCGACAGAAUUAUCAGAGCAACACGCAGGAUUAUCAAUCUAAUCAGAAUACGCCGCGCAAUAACGAGAAGCCGGCGUUCAAUAAUCAGAAGUCGCGGACUUCGACGCGAAAUAAUCUGUUUGGCUCAAACCAGUCGCAAAAGGCUACGCCGACUUACAUGGAGACGACGACUUUCAGAACGACAACCGCGGCACCUCCGAGAGAAUAUCAGCAGUUCGCGGAAAGCGCUGCGUUCGUAUCCAAUCGAGGAAAUCGCUUCAACUCGGGAAAAUCUGAGAAUACUCGACAGUAUUAUUAUCACUCGUACGAUUACCGAGAGCAUUCCACGACCACCUCGACACCGCGGAAGGACGAGGGUGAAACGGUGUCCUUCACACCGAAGACAGGCGUUCCGCCGUUCCCCGGGCUCACGUACGCUCCCAUUUAUAAACCCAGGACAACGACGUUGCCACCCUACGAAACAACGUUACAGUACACGCCGACUACCGAGACGUCUUACUACAGCACCCCCUAUUCCAGGCAAGGCGACAUCCCGGAAACCACGUACGCUAACGUCGACAUCGCUACCGUAACAUCAGAAGUUCCUUCCUCCGCAGAAGAAUAUUCGACUACGGAGUGGUUCACUACGUACAACAAUCUGCGGACCUCCCCCGCGAUAGGGAGAGUGCCGCCCGUCCCUGCGAAUUAUCGAAAUCAAGAGUACGUUGAUAACAGAGUGACCGAUCAGAAAGACUCCGCUCGUGAUACUUCUUUUGCAACUACGCGUCCAUACGUGAAUACAGAAAGUUAUCGACACAACGCUGCUAACGCUGCGUUUAGUUCGUCCGUUAGUCAGGACGUGCUUCCCUCGUCGACACCAUUUUACGAAGAUUCUCGUGAUCAAACUCGUGCAAAUUAUCAAAACGAAAACAGCAUCGCAAAUGUCGAAAAUAAACAACACAACACAACACCCGCGAAUCCUUGGCGGGUGACUUUGCAAAGUUUCCAGCAGAAUUCUAUCAGUUCAACCGAGAAGCCAUGGAGGAGCACCAACGUUUAUCAGCAGACCAGCUCCACUAGCAAGACCCUGAGUCCUUAUGACACUAGCUUCACCUACAAGCAGGGUAAAGUGAUGUCCACUUUAGGACCGUAUAUACCUUUCACUAAAAACUACGUUUAUUCCACGAUGACCACCACUCCGACGCCGAAACCACCGGUUACAGUGCCAAUUUAUAGUCCCACUCUGGCGAAUUAUCGCCAGACAGUGAGCAAUCUGAUACCGAAGGUAAAAUUAUCGCCUCCGGUAACGAGCAGACCGAAGGAUAGAGCGACUUAUUUACCAGAAGUCAGCAGCAAACGACCAACGAUUCUGGAGGAUAGACCGUACGCCGAGCGGGAACACGCGCUCGGUAUGUUGCACUCUCUUCAGGGUUUAGAAAAUAACGCGGCGGAGGGCUUGAGCGAGAUCGGCGCGAAGGGUGAAAACAGUCGGAAGGGGCUCUUAGCGUCGGGUCCAUCCACUUUACACUCUCUAGCUCUGUAUUUCGCGACGGCCGGUGAUAAUCUCGAUUCCAACGAGACUAUCGAGCGAUCCACCGCGAGCGUCGAGGAAGCCGAAGAUAGAGAGGGAGAUCACUCGCACAACGCAUCCGUCGAAUUGCCGACCAGCAUUCUCACACAGCACACCAUCUCUUCGUACGUCGAAUUGUUCAAUCUGAACAACGCGCUCGAGGGGAACACCACGAUGACCGAACUCGCGGCGGAGGGCGAUGACGUUGGCGACGAGAUCGACGACGACCUGGACAUCGAACAGAGCGAGGGUCCGCUGAACGGUGCGAGGAGAUCGAACAGCACCAAGCUGCGCGAACUGGCUCAGGUCUUCACUCACGCUCUGUCGGCGUAUCUGCAGGAUCCGGACACCUUCAAAAGGGUGCUUACGGAGAUCAGGCCCACGGAACCACCAACGACAACCAUCGAUGAUAUUCAGUUCGAAGCGACGACGUUAUAUCCGACCACCGCGGAAGAGUAUGCGUCGGUAACUAAGGAAAAGGAUGAAGUUUUGGAUUUUUCGGACGACACCGAUGUCACUAGAAGACGCAAACCGUCCACCAUAAUCUCAACUACGUUGCGAGCACCUGUCACCACCGAUAGAUCAUUUUCGACUUAUUAUACGACGCCGUACAAUGAAUACUACACGACUCCAGUGAGUCAGACGCGAAGGCCUGUUUACUAUCCAAGCACGACGUUGCUACCUCCCAGUUCUUCGUCGUCGUAUGAUUCGUCGGGGGGAGAUUACGUCGAAUCGUCGACACAGGGAGGUAAUACAUUCGCUUUUGAAGUGAAUCGCGUUUUCACUACCACUGCGAAUGAUAUUCAUAAUUACGAUAGCGAUACGAGAGAUACGACCGAUCUGUCACCACUCUAUGACAAUUAUUUCCCAUCGGACGAGGACGGAAAUCGAAAUAAGAUCGGUGGCUUCCAAAAUAAUACAUCGAGGACCUUCCAACCUUAUGGUAAAAACGUUAAACCGGCCGGCGCUACGCCCAUAAGUAACUACGUGGCAUCGUCGACAGUGGCGUCUUUCCAGAAUCCAGGAGUAGGAACGACUUCAUCUACUUGGGGUAGAGGUUCGGCCGGCGAUAAACCCGUUCAAGACCUCACACCACCUCAUUAUCAACGCUUCGGUAAUGUGAGGAGUUUCGAGGUGUCGAACAGCAUCGUGCCGAAUCAGGUGGUGCGCUCGACGACGCCAUUGCCAAGGAGCACCUACGAGACCGGCAGCAGCACCGUUCAGCCCUUCAGGAUACGUUAUUACGAAUCAACGACGACACCACCACCACCACCACCACCACCACCCGAGGCUCUCGCCACAGCUCGCAGUUCGUACGCAAAGUACAGAAAUAAUUACAAUCGCAUAGAAAGCACUCGCACGGAAGGUACUCGCAAACCCGCCGCGGGAACUGCGGCGACAACCGCGGCAACGACGAUCCGAGAUAACAUUGGGACGUUGGAUCCUGUCACCGCAACUAUCAGCGAGGUUACUCCGUACACCGCUACCGUUGCUCGCGCUACCUCCAGCAAGCCGGCGAACACGUCGACCACGUCGAGACAAGCCAGCAACUCCCUGAACAACGAUCACUGGACAUCCUCGCCCAUGGUCACUCAGCUCUGGGAGACGACGGUGUUCGUAGAUCCUCGGCACAUUAACCACGGUCUGGAGUCGAACGCCGAAGGCACCCAGUUGCCCGGCGAUACAACCGGCAACGCUAUUAAUGAAGAGUCGGAAUCUACCGUGGCGACGAGCACCGCGAGAUCGCCGACCAUAUUGUCUACCGUAGAUUUUGACGGGACGACGGAAGCGCGGACCACCAGCACGCCGAGUCCUUGGCAAUGGGCGACGAGUGAUAACGAUUCACCCGUGACGUUCACCUUGCUGCCGACGACUUUUACCGCGGAGAACACGGCGACGCCGACUCCGAUCAUCACUACACGGUCCAGCAUAACGACCACGAUCACCUCCUCGGUGACAUCGACGAAUUCUCUACCUCGAGACAACUUGGCAUCCACGCUGUUGCCAUUCGCGCCGGGCAACGCGUUGAACGCUACCGAGAGCGAAGUGAUCAAGGCACAGGAGAUGUUCGGCAAGCUGAACGAAACCAGCUCGAACACGCUGAUGCGAGUAAUGAAACAAGCCGAUAACAACGAGACGGUGAGGCAACUGGUGCUGUUGCUGGUGAGCCACUGCAAUGGGCCCAGAAACAAGACGUUGGAACAGGAGAAAGAACAACUAUUGGAUGCUCUUCUGAGAUUGCCCGUUCACGAAUUUAGCUCGGAGGAGUCGCGAGAAAUCGUCGCCGGCAUCAGUAGACUUAAUUUUUCGAUUCCUAAACUUCGAGCGGUUGCUUUGUCAAAUUCCACAACGGUGAGGACACCCCGAGCUUCGUCUGUGAGACCCACGCCGUCUGCGCCAUCCAUUACCACGUUUCGCAGCAGGACAGGACGAAAAUUCCGCACAACCACCGAGAAUGCCAACACUUUUGCGAGAAGAUCGGACGAGGCUGCCCCGGAGACGAACAACUCCCUGUCAGAGAACGAGACCACCGCGUCGGACAAUCGAGCCCUCGAGCUCCUCAGGUCGCUCUACACAAUUGCUGCUAAGUGGGGCUGAGGAGUCGCACAAUCGACGACCGAUCGGAACUACGCGCGCGUCGGAAGACCCGCGAGAUGAAGUCCUCGCUGGAGUACAAGAAGACGUCCGUCUGUCGAUACGUCGGAGUAGAUUGUUGCUGUCACCCAUCGUCACGUCACUCCGUCUAGCCUAAAUUCGAGGAUUCGAAUCCGAAUCUUGGUGAAUCGGUUUUGAUCUCGGUCCAUGAAUCAACGCCCGUGAACGAUCAGGAAUUCAAUCGAGCGUUUUUUUCGACGAAGAGACAUCGCACUUCUUGUCAAAUACUAUUCUAAACACCGUUUCAAGAAUUGAUAAAGUUUUUUUCUGGAAUUUGUAUAUUAUUAUAUUAUUAUAUUUAAUUAUUAUAUCGUUACACUUAUCCAAUCGAAAAAUCGAAAAAUUAAAUUUGAGCCAAGUCUGAGAUCUCGGCAUUUCCGAAACUUGAAUUGAUAACACAUCGAUGCGAUAAUGAAGCUCGAUUUAAUUUGGGACCGAGAUUGACACCUGUGCUCGCGGAUAUUAAGUAGGUCGUGUGACGAUUAAUUUCGGAAAUGUUAAUCCAAGUCUGCUUGAUACCCGCGAUCGAGCGUAAUUUACGUCGGUUAAUAUGCGGAGUCCCGAUCGAUCAUCGAUCGAUAAGAUCGCAGAUUAAUAAUUAACCGGCUGUAGUCCGACGUUAAGAUUAUAUAUUGCUCGCCGUCCUUUUUAUUAAGAAAAUAAAAUCAUCGAUCGCCUCGAAACAUCGGCAACUGUUGCUUCCAAGAAAAAAGAAACGCCUGCCAUACUUCGUCCUUCUGUUCAGCGGCUUUGCGCGAACAUUCAACUUAACUUUUCUUCUUUAUACUCAAAGAAGUUUAUACAUAUUUAGCAAGGUAAUUUUAUAUAUUUUACUUAUGUUUAGCAUGCAUGAUAUAACAAAGUUUCUCUAAAAAUGUUUCUUCCUUAUAUAAUUUUACAAAUCCUUAACAGGCUAUCGUGUAAUUACAUCGCCUCAUUAAAGUAAUGUCUGUAUGUCCGUCAGAGUAGUAUCUAUAGUUUAGAACAAUUGAUUUUAUUGGGAAACAAUUCAAUUAUAUAUUUUGUAUAAUCUUUAUUCAAAUCUUCUAGAUACGUAGAUACGUGACUACGUGUUUGAAGGCAAGAAGCAAAUUUUAAUCGCCGAUCUAGAAUGAGAGAUCCUUCUCAUUGUAAUAAUUCUUUAACAUAAUUGCACUUGUGUAAAAAAACAGUGAUUGUCUUGCAUGCCAACGUAAAAAGGGAUAAACAUUUUGUAUAACUCGUCCGCGCUCCUCUCGUAAUGUUGCUAGGUACAUCAUCAAAUUGCAUUCUCUCGUCUUCGUUGAAUUGCACGCGAAAUUGACGGAAUGUGAUGGCACGUGGUGAAUUGCACCAUGUACGCUUAUGGUUAUCCGUAUAUGGUCGGAUUCUACGUGACACAAUUUCAACCCUUUCCUCGCAUAUCUUCCCCCAAUGGGGGCCACUAUCGUCCUCUUUCGAAAUAAUUCGUUAAUUCCCGAGUGGGAAUUAAUUUCUGCCGGCGGCACCGAAUUGACACGUAUAUCGUAUGAACUUCCAUUCCCAAAACUGACCGUCAAACUCACUGUUGUGUACGUUCAGUAUUACGAAAAGACUCCUCAGAAGGGAUCCGCCCGGCUUCCCGGCGGACCACGUGAAAUUAUUUAUUCACCUUCGCUGUGUUGCGAUUUCCUACGUACCUACGGCUAACAGUAAGUUACUCAUAUCUUGAAAUUACAGGUGUUGGUAAUGUUCUUUUUCGUUUGGACAGUUUCGAGGUCGACGAUGCGUUUCCGUUGCGAUCCCGAAACGUCCAAAUGGGGGUUUCUAGGUCAUUAUUUAAGUACGCGAAUUAGGCGUGUAGUUGUGUAUCGACUUUAUGUAAUAUACCUUUGUACAGUAUGUGAAUAAAUAUAUACAGGGUUUUGUUUAGC